AAGACUACACAAAGAUUCAUAUGUGUGCUGUUCACAACUAGUAAUGUAAAGUGAUUAUAUAUUUUGUGGCCAACAAUGUUCGCACUGGACAUACAUUGCCUUUUUGUCAAGUUUAAUCUUGAUGUGGUUGGCAAUGUGGCAAAGGUGAAACACCGCUAGGCGGUUCAUUGUCGCUCUAUGGAUUUAAAACACGUCGGCAACAGACGAAUGAUGUACGCCACAAGUUUCGCUCCAAAGUAAUUCUUGUGUGGUAUUUUUUUUUUCUUGCAAAUAUUACGAAUUGGUUAUUGAACUCUGGCCAUCGCGGGCAUCGGAGCUAAAUCGCCGACAAAAUGAUUGGGGUGAAGAAAACUCUUUGCAUCUGUGUGCUCAUCUAUAUCGGCGCAGAAUUUACAGCAGCUCAACAUCAUUCUCACCACCACCACCACGGUCACGGCCACAGUCAUGACCACGACCAUGAACAUAUUGACGAAAAGCCUUCCUUCAGAUACUCGCGGGAAGCAAACGAACCGCGUCACAGUGAACCAGCCUCGUCAGAGUCGGCCAAGCACUCGCAUCACCACAACUUGCCACCGAAACUUCCGAAGAAAGCUCGAUCUUUCGAAGACACGGCUUACCUGUGGGGACGAGCACUUGGUUCCACGGUGCUCAUAAGUAUAGCACCUUUCCUUAUACUUUUCUUGAUCCCUAUAGACAACCGGAGUGGACACGAAUCGUUCCUCAAAGUUUUGCUCAGUUUCGCCUCCGGUGGACUUCUCGGAGACGCCUUCCUGCACUUGAUACCCCACGCAUUGAUACCCGGGGAUGCUGAGCAGGACCACAGCCACAGUCACUCACAUGCUCACGGCGCGCAUGCACAUGACAACAGUGUUGGCUUGUGGGUGCUAGCGGGGAUACUAACAUUUCUAGUCGUGGAGAAAAUAGUACGAAUGAUUAAAGGCGGCCAUAGUCAUGGCCAUUCGCACGAGGAGAAAGCUGAUGAAGACAGCAAGCCCAAGGGAAAGUGCGACGGUGAAUCGAGCGGUGGUGAAGACGUCAAGACGAGCAGCAAUGUUGUUCGUCGAAAAAAGGAGAAAUUAAGUGAAGUUCCACAUUCAGGGGAAACUGUAUCAGAUGAGAAGCCCGACAUCAAAGUGGCGGCAUAUCUCAACCUUGCAGCAGAUUUCACACACAACUUCACGGAUGGUUUGGCAAUAGGAGCUUCGUAUAUAGCAGGAAACGCAGCGGGACUGAUAUCAACAGCCACCAUUCUGCUGCACGAAGUUCCUCACGAGAUUGGUGACUUCGCAAUCCUUGUACAGGCAGGGUACAGCAAGCGCAAAGCCAUGCUGAUGCAGCUCGUAACAGCUUUCGGAUGCCUGUCUGGCACCUUGUGCAGCUUGGUCGUCGAAGGGAUGACUAGCAGUGCCAGUGCCUGGGUUUUACCUUUCACUGCAGGUGGAUUCAUCUACAUUGCCACAGUCUCUGUGAUCCCCGAGCUCCUAGAAAACACCAGUCCGCGACAGUCUGUAAAGGAAGUGCUCGCUUUGAUUGUUGGUGUUUUCAUGAUGGCAGUGCUAACACAGUUUGAGUAAACCAAUUACUAAGUACAGCAGUAGGAACGAAGAAAAAGAAUGAUUUCUCCUUUUAUGUCAGAGCUGUGAUAUCAGGGGCAUAUUUUUCUGCAGUUCUGUACUAUUGCGCAUGCCAAAGUGCAAUGCACCCUAUCCUGAGGGGUGCUUUGUAAGAAGUCUUGCUCUGAGCAUUCCCCUAGUUUCACAUUGGUGUUGGAGUUUGAAUGCAGUCAAGUGCAGCUGUGAGAUAUUUCACACUCUGGCUUGCUUUCUUGCAACUUCUUAAGAUAGAGCUUAUGUUAACUGAACGAAGCGCAGUUCAGCGAAUGCCUUAACCAACCGUUUUCCUUGCACGUUAUAAUCAUCUUUGGUCUAAUUAGGGUUCAGUCUUUCUGAAUUAGCCUUAUAAUGUCCGAUAAAUACAGUUUAGCAAUUUUUGCUCAGAGGCUGGAUUCAUUUGAAUGUUUUUUAUAUUAAUGUCGGCUCUCAAUGUCAUGCCUGAUCACAUAUUUUGCUCCCAUGAUAGAAAUGCUUGGGAGCUUGCAACAAAUAAAAUUGAUCUAUCAUAUCAUUUCGUGGUUAUAAGGUGUCAAACUACCACAACAUAGAACUGACCCAUUUUUUUUUAGCAAACGGCAGCCCCACCCUGUGCUCACGAGACCAAGACUAUGGUGCACCUGCUAUGUUUCCAUGCAAGCACCACAGAACAACAUGCAGUCUGCUUUUUUGCCUCUGCUAUUGUACGAAGUCUCAGAUUUCUUUUCUAUGUCUAAUUUUGUUUUCCGUAACAGUUUCGCCACACCCAAGUGUGUUCGCUUAGUAUUAUGAAUAUAUGAUUGCAGUAAAUGCAGCUUUACAAAAGCCUGGGACUCCUCUAAUUGUGAUUCAAGGUUGCAGAGCAAAGGUCAGGUUUGCGUGAAUGUUUGUUUCAAUGUACUUACAAAAAUUUUCUUGGAAGUAAUGAAAAUUCUUGGCUUGCUUUGAAUGCUGAAGGAUCUUUUUGUGGCACAUACCAGAGAUUAGUGGCUUUGAAUAAAGAGUAGAAACAGAAUUUUGGUAAAGGUACUUUUAUAAUGAUAUUUUCGGUGUGGCAUUUACAAACUGAUGUGAAUGGAUCAAUUCAGAAACAAACCUAAGCAUCGACCCUUCUGUGCUUAUUGGUAACAUCGAUGAUGUUUUUCGUAAUGUUUGUGGGAUAUUUACCACGCGGCACCGUACACAUUCUGCUGCAAAAAUGUCACACACUCACACGGACAGAACUGCAAAGGCCCUUUCAGAUGUUCUUUUUGUAACUUUUGUACAUAGCUUUGUACUGCUUAUUUGACAUUCCUGCCUAAAAGGAGUACAGUUUUUGUCUCCCGCGUGUACUUCACCAAAUGACAUACACAUUUCGUAAAAGCACAUGUCUGUACACUCUUCUUCGACCAAGGAAGACUGUCAGCUGCACACAAGCUUCUUCCAAUAUCUUAUUUGGCUUUCUUUGUGCGAAUAAGAAUUGGAUGGUUGUUUUUUUUUUUUUUUUUUCACUUUCUUUACCAUUUUCUCUCCCAGGGUAUUACACAUGAUGACCUGUUUCUCCCACACUUUGGUGGCCUUCAGUGAUAUCGGCAAACAUAAGUGGUGAUGGUUUAUGUGCACGUCAAAUUCAGGGACUCGUUUCCCAGAACCACGUUUUUGUUGUUGCGGUUACGUGGUCGUGUUCAUAAGUUGUGUGCGUACCUUGAAGAUAUCGUCUGCAGGCACAGAAUGUAGCUACUUUUGCAGAAAUGAUGUGUAAAAGUGCCAACACAUUUUGGUGAGUUCCAUGUCAAUGGCAUACAUUGUAGGGUAGCAAUGACACGGUCUGCAAUGCUACUCGAGCGUUUCAAGGAAAUGUAGUGUGUGUUAUCCACAGCUGGCUGCCACAGAGGCAAGUGUGUAUUUCCUAAGCCGCUUUUGUGAUCCUCACAAUUGUUGAAUAAAUUUCUGGCUUCCAAGAUUGUUUAACUCAUUUGCUUUGACACAGUGGAAAGUGUUUGCUGCCAAGUCACUUUUUUAAAAAAUUCGGCAAGUUUAACGUGGAGAAGCAGCUGUCUAUGAUACGUCGCUUCACUUCAUGCACCUCAGUACUGUGUUUUCUCCAUAUUGCACAGCUUCUGUUUCUGUGAUAACCAAUGUCUGUUCACUAAAAAACUAACUGUGCAUUUUGGAAAACUAAUUACUGGCUGUAAUGCUUCUAGCCAUAUAGUUGGCAAAUUCUGUUUGCACAAAAAUUUCUAUGUCUUCCUAUGUGAGAAGGAAUGAAGUCGUUUUUUUUUUUUUUUUACGUCAUUAGGUUGCAUCAAAAUGUGUGUAGUGUUGCAUUUCCCCUAGCCUAGAAUUCAUUAUUUCUUAGUUUCUAAAAGCUCGUGUAUCUUAUCUUAUUUUGUCAUAACGAGCACAUCAUUCAUUAGGCAUGAGGGCAAUCCAAAUUUUAAAAAAUAUACUUAUCCACAAUAUAUGUUUAUUUCCACAGUGCAUCCUUGGUUUAUAACACAGACCGUAAUGCAUUUGCAACAUGAUAAUGAAAUGCAGUUUCAGAUACAAUUUCAUGAAAUAAAAAAUUGUGGUUAGAGAGCUGGA